AUGGACGUCCUCGAACACAUCGACUGGGAUGCAGCGAAGCACGCGAUCGAAAGCUUCAUGACUAAACACGGACAAACAGAGCGCCUGCCGCCCAACAGCUUGUAUGUCACCGAUGACUUCGAGACGCUCGAUCUAAGGGUCGAUACCGAAGAAAAUGCGACAUACACUUCUUUCCGUCUCCAAUCUCAGGAGGAGGAUCAGGACGAGCCUAAGGAGGUUACCAUGUACACGGUGGGCGUUUUGACGCAGAAGUUGCUUCCUCCCUUCAAGCCUAAGCGGAAGUACUACACUGGUUGGGACACCGUCUUCAAGACCUUCCGCCAGAGCGUCACCUUGCACGGCGCCGGCGCUAUCCCCCUGGUGAAGGCGGUUAACUGCGCCAAGUACUGCUUUGUCAUUUUGGAUCGUAAUGCUGCGAAGUCGUCUACUUUUCCUUCGGAGCGCGUCUGCGUCGACAACUUCGUGGUCACCAAUCCAUACUUCGAGGUCGGACAGGACGCGAAGGGUAAGGAUAAGGUCGUAUUCACGAAGCUGGUCGAUCCCUUCGACGAUCUAAACCGCCAGCAAGGCGACGGCUGUGUCCACACCGCCGACAACGUUGUACAGUAUCUCGAAGGAUACGAGAACGAUGACGGGGUCUUCAGGCACUCGUCUGUCACUCCCUCGCGCUUCCGGCCAGGGGAUAUAGUACGCGUGGGCUUUACAGUGCGGAUGAAGCAGGAUAAGGCGUACAACAACGCGUCGUCGGAGCUGGACCUGAUCCUCAAGUCCGUCACGCUCAUCGACGAUACGUUGUCGAAGACAAUCGCCAUCAAACAGCUCGACGAGCCGGUCGGGAACGGCAAGAAGCGCGCUGCGGUGACACAUAACGCGCUGUCGGAGGACGUAGAAGAGCGGCCUAUAUCGAAGGUACGCAAAGCGAUGGCGAAGCUUUCCAUCCGAGGCGGUGCAAUGGACGUCAAUAACCGCAACGACCCCAACGGCGGAUCCGAUACCGCGGGCGGUUCAGGCAGCGCGGUUGAACGCAACCGCACUUAUUUUGUAAGCGUCAGCUACAUCAGAAAUCUGCUCGUCAAGUGA